AUGAGUGAGAAUCUCAUUAUUUAUUAUAAUGACUCCAUCGACUCGGACAACUUGGCCGCUGCCAUGGCCUUGUUCAGAGCAACAUUCCAAAGACCAAACACCCGCGUGCUAUGGAUCUUGGAGCCUCGUCAGGUGUGCUUUGGGCUAUCUAUGACGGCAGAGCAAGUAUCUAAAUGCAAGGAUUUGAUACAACAACACUUUGCCUCCCUUGGGAAUCCUUUCAGGGUUCUCUUGGGUGGGCUUAUCAAUCAGAACCAUCUUGAUAGCAUCAGCGGCCUAACAGAAUCUGACCGGGAACUGCUAGAAAUGGCUGUCAGGCAUGAAUUCGGCUCAAGGAAGGAUGCUAUGCUUCACGGCCGGCUUACUGCUUGGGACUUCGCAUCGUGUCUUGCUCAGUGGUCAAAUAACGCUUCUAACGAAGUUUUCGUGGACUUCGAUAGUCUAGAAGAGAUCGAUAAUCCUGUCAAUCUUAACUUUCACCAUCAUGAAGAACUCGUUAAUCGCAGCGAAGAUGAGCUCAAGUCAUACAACGAUAUUCUCACGGAACCUUUCCUCAAAAGGACUCAGAGCCUACACUAUUGGUACGAGAAAUGUGUAAGGAGAAUUCAACACGAAGAAAUCAGUUCAAAUACAUCUGUUCAACCCCUUGAUUUAGAUUUCGUGUGCGAGGAAAUCAAAACCGCGGCAACCGUUCGUUUCUUUGGAGGGUCAUCAUUGAGAAUUCUCCGGCAAUUCCUUGAGAGAGGUGUAGCCGAUAAGAUGAAAUGUCAUCUGCAAGUGGGUUCCUGCGAUAUGUCUGCGAAUCUAUUCGCUAAUCAGUUCAAUAUCGCCCUCAACCGAGAAGCUGCCAAGACUGUCCUGGAACGAUCCACAGAGUUUUCACAGUUCACGGUCGUACCUUCACACACAGCGCAAAGUAUAAAGUACUCGGCACUAGGCUUGAAACAUAUUGGAGGACACUGCUUAGAGAAGCGAAUUCUGGGCUUCAAUUGCCGUGAAGACCCCAUCGACAUCGUCACAAACAAAGUUUGCCUGGAAGAUAAAUACCCCGACCAACAAUACUCCAUGCCAGACUUGACCGCAUUUCUGUGUGCUCUCGUUCCUAAAUCCUUGGGCUCAAAACUAGGGUUUAUACAAGUUGAUGAGAAGGAUUCAAACGGUGCGCUUAUCUUCAAGCCGUCUGGUGAGGGGAUUCAAAUGUUUGAUAAGAGUGAUAGUCAGGUGUUGGAGGAGUCCGACGUUAUCGAUGUUUUUGAAAGAAUAGCACGGGGUGAAGUGUUACUAGACUAG